AUGGCCACCUUUCAGGAUCGUGUGCAGCAUCAAAUUGCGCAGCUUGACAAGGAGCUGUCCAAAUACCCCAUCCUCAACAACCUCGAGCGCCAAACCUCCGUGCCAAAGGUGUACGCCAUCCUCGGCGUGGUGGGCAUCUACUUCUUCCUCGUGUUCUUCAACAUUGCCGGCGAGUUUCUGGUCAAUUUUGCCGGAUUUUUGAUCCCCGGCUAUUAUUCGCUUCAUGCUUUGUUUACCGAGGGUACGGCCGACGAUACUCAGUGGUUGACCUACUGGGUUGUAUAUGCUUUCCUCACUGUCAUUGAGAGCGCCAUCAGCGCCGCAUACUGGUUCCCAUUUUACUACAUCUUCAAGUUCGGCCUUGUCCUGUGGAUGGCCCUCCCUCAGUUCAACGGCGCUCAACUUGUUUUCCAUUCCUUCAUCCAGCCAGUGUUCGCCCGUUUCUUCACCGGCGGCUCGACCUCUGCGAACUUGAAGGCCCAGGCCGAAGCUGCCAGCAAGUCGCAGUAA